UGUUACCAGGUCUUUCGUGAUCUAAUGAGAACAGUUCAUCUUUGCUCCUCAUUCUCUCCAUGUGUUCCUGUGCAGAGCUGCCUUUGGCUACAGUGACUGUAGAGCCCCAGAGUCCUGUGUUCACUGGAGAGAUGGUCACUCUGAAGUGUGUGAUAGAGUCUCUCAGUGGCUGGACAUAUAAGUGGUAUAAGGGGCCCAGCAGAACCCCAGUGUCUGAGGGAAACACCUUCACCAUCAGAGGAGCUGCAGAGUCUCAUAAGGGCCAGUACUGGUGUCAGGGGGAGAGGACAGACAGACCCACAGCAUCACAACCAAGCAGCAGAAUAACUCUUGAUGUUAAAGCAUCAAAGCCCAAAGUCACAUUAAGUCCAGACCACCAGCUCCUCACAGGAGACUCAGUGACUCUGAGAUGUGAGUUGUUGGGUGUUUCCUCUGGUUUGGUGUUCUACUGGUACAGAGACACACAGACCUCUGAUCCUGUGGCCCAGACUGAUGGAAACUCCUACAGCAUCAGCUCUGUUAAAGUCUCUGAUGGAGGACAGUACUGGUGCAGAGCUGGGAGAGGAGACCCAGUCUUCUAUACUCAAUAUAGUGAUGCAGUUGAGAUCAAGUGUAUAGGUGGUAAUGUGAUCCUGGAGAGUCCUGUCCAUCCUGUGACUGAGGGAGAUCCUCUGACUCUGCGCUGUAGAUAUCGCUACCCAUCAAACAUCAGUGCUGACUUCUACAAAGAUGGGACACUCCUGCAGACCUCCACCACAGGAGAGAUGGCCAUCCCUGCAGUCUCAAAGGCACAUGAAGGCCUCUAUAAGUGCAGCAACACAGAGAGAGGAGAGUCACCAGAGAGCCGGGUCACAGUCAGAGGUUCAGUUUCAGUGACGCCAAACCCGUAA